GCAGCAGAAGGACGAGCUGAAGGCUACAGAGGCAGUUUCAUUUUCUUCCAGCAUUCACACGCAACAUAUGCUGUGCCUAGGCUGAGACGGGAGCUUUCAUUGACAUCCACUUCCAGCCAGUCAUGGACUUCAUAGAUCCCAUCCUGUCUGUUGCCUCACAGAUCUACACCCUGGUGGAGAAUGUGAAGGCCAAUAAGAAGCGCUGCCAGCGUGUUUCUCACAGAGUCAAAACCCUGGAAGAGCUGGUGAGGUCCAUCAAACAGAGAGAGCAGGGACAAACCUCUGCCGACAUAGAAAAAGCCCUGAAGGAGCUCUCCAUCACUCUGAAAUCAGCACAGGAGCUCAUCAAGAAGUACACUUUGGCCAACUGGGUGGAGCGCAUUCUGAACUCCAGCAGCCAUGGAGACGAGUUCAACACCGUGAACGAGCGUCUCAAUGAUGCUUUCCAGGUCCUGUCUGGAGCUCUGCAGGUGGACCAGGGGAACAUGCUGUACCAGGUGUUUGAACUGACCUCCAGGGAGAAAGAAGAUGAGGUGGACAGGAGGGAGGACGACACAGAGCUGAAGAGAUUGCUCCUGGACUACAUGAAGAGCCAACAAGAGAAAACAGAUGCCAUGCUGAGAGAAUUCCAACAUGUCAAAAACAACGUGGAAACGGUUGUGGAGAUCUUGAAUAAGCCCAGCAUUACUAAUGAAGUCAUCCGGAUGAUCAAAUCAGACGAGCUGAAGUAUGAACAUCCUAAAGUGCCCUUCAUGACAACAUCAACCUCAGAGGUCUACAGAGGAGAGUAUCAUGGAUUCUCAGUGGCCAUCAAGAGAUACAUUGAUCCUGUGAACACCUGCGCAAGGGAGGUGCGGUCUGUUUUCAAUAAGGAAGUUGAAACCAUGAAGCGGUUUGAAUCACCCAACAUCCUGCGAAUGUUUGGUAUCUGUGUCCAGGAUGAGAAUGGACCCAGCCCUCAGUUCCUCAUCAUCAUGGAGUACUGUGAGAAGGGAAGUCUCCGUCAGGUUCUAGACUCUGAGUGCAAACUGUCCUGGACCAGGAAAGCUUGUAUGUGUCUAGAUGCAGCAAAAGGACUCUACCGACUGCACCAGACAGAAGAAAAAUCUAAGGUUCAUGGAUGCAUAAACAGCAGCAAGUUCCUCGUGGCUAAAGGCUACACAGUGAAGCUGGGAGGUUUCGAGCUGGCAAAAACUGAGACAUCGCUGAAAAAAUCAACAAAGGACAAAGACAUCAGGUCUCUGUGCUACUCCCCCCCGCAGAUGCUCAACAACAUCAACCACGUCUACAGCAAAGAGUGUGAGAUAUACAGCUUUGGAAUUGUCCUGUGGGAAGUUGCAACCCGUAAGAGACCAUUUGAAGGUUGGUCGAAUCAGGAAAUCUAUCAGAAAGUGUGCAAAGAGAAAUUUCAGGAGCCGCUCCCCGACGACUGUCCUGAACCACUGGAACAUCUCAUUAACACCUGUCGGGCCUAUGAUAGUUUCCAGAGACCAUCUGCUGGUGUGCUGGUGGAUAAACUGCGCAGCAUGGUGGCACAGCUGGAGGAGCAAUAACAGUUCUCAUUCCUCUGGCUCUCCACUAGCAGUGCUCAGGGUUUCUGGAUAUCACUGGGAGAGGUACUAUUGUAAAGUCAUGAAACAGGCCUGUAUCAUGCUGAAAAUUUGUAUGGAAUGCAGAAAAAAAUUUACAAGGCACUAAAAGCUAUGCAUUUGCAUUUCAGUUUAUUUUAACUCUUGGAUAAGUAACUCAUACUGUUUAAAUAAGACAUCUGUUUCCAAAAAUUAACCAUGUUAUGGAUCUGCUUAGUAUGUGUUGUGUUGUUUGAACGGCAUUGUAAUAAAAUGUUUUUAAACAGUUGCA